AGCAGUGUGAGGCAGCCAGUCAAGGUGCAGCUGCGGGACGGUGAGGGUCGCUGUCGCUUCCGCCGCUCUCAUUACAUGCGUCUCGUAUUCUCGUGAGGACUUGUCCGUCUCUGAACCUUCCUUGUCGGCAUUUGUUUUUUUUCGCAAGUGUUUGGUGGGCGGCGCAGAAGACUGGUCCGAGCUUAUGGUUGUUGGCCUGGCGGGUUACAGCACAAGCCCGUGAAUUAGUGAUAAGUUAAAUCUUUUGUCUUGGAAAAAGUAUCCGCGCGCCGCUCUGUUGAAACAAUGGUGUCUCCUGGGGGUAUCCUGCCCCCUCCCCUGUGAUAUCCUAUUCCUGUGAUAUCCUGUCCCUGUGAUAUCCUGUCCCUGUGAUAUCCUCCCCCCCCCCCCUGAGAUAUCCUAUUCCUGUGAUUUCCUGUUCCUGUGAUUUCCUGUUCCUGUGAUUUCCUGUUCCUGUGAUUUCCUGUUCCUGUGAUAUCCUGUACCUGUGAUCCUGUUCCUGUGAUGUCCUGGCCCUGUGCUGUCCAGCCCCUGAGCCAGUCGGCACAUGCCUGUGCCAAGUGCAGUAAAUAUAAAUGGUGAUAAUUGCCAUCGGUAACAAGGACAUUUUCAACUCGUCAUUUUGACGUCACUGAAAAAUCCCAAGGCCCUUCACGGCUUGAAGUAUAUAUUGAAAAGUCUGGCCGUAAAUGCAUUAGAAAAAGCCACGUGUGAUGGAUCGGCCGCGUGUGGUCCGGUGAUGGUUCCGUGGUGGCGCCGUGGUGUGGGCCGAGGAUGUGGGCGGUGUGGGCGGUGGUGGGGAUGGCGGUGGGCGUGACUGGUGAUUGGUCCUACGAAGGGGCCACCAUCACCCUGGCCCACCUCAACCUGUCCUUCAGCGACCCCUACGGCGGCCACACCCACGUCGCCGAGGUGGGCAAGUUCGGCAGUGGGGCUGUGGGGACGGCCACGGGUGUGGUGGUUGUGGGCCAUCCGGCCCAGGGGCCCGCCGGCCCCAACAGGUACAGCCGGCACGGGUGUUCGACGCCCUGGAUUGGCGUGCCGAUAGGGGAGCCAUGGGUGGCCCUGGUGUCCCGGGGCCAGUGUUCGGACAGGGAUAAGGUGGCCAACGCUCUGGCCCUCAACGCCUCGGCCAUCCUGAUCUACGCCAGAGACACGCAGGCACACCUCCAGAAGAUUGCUCUCGCCUCCUUCUCGCACCAGCACGGUGUGGUGGUGGUGUUCCUGGGCCACCAGCAGGGGGAGGACCUGGCCCAGAGGGCGGAGAACGGCACCAGGGUCCUCGUCUCCAUCACCCAGGGCCAAGACGUCAAGUACAAGGUCACCAACAUCAACAGGACGUCUGUGUUGUUCGUGUCUGUGUCGUUCAUCAUCCUGAUGGUGAUCUCCUUGGCCUGGCUCAUCUUCUACUACGUCCAGAGGUUCCGCUACAUCCACGCUAAGGAUAGACUGGCUCGCCACCUGUGUACCGCCGCCAAGAAGGCCCUGGCCAAGAUACCCGUCAAGAACCUCAAGUCUGGAGACAAGGAGGUGUCUGGGGACAGUGAGUGCUGCGCCGUCUGCAUCGAGCCCUACCAGGUCUCCGACGUCGUCAGGACCUUACCUUGCAAGCACGAGUUCCAUAAGAACUGUGUGGACCCCUGGCUGCUGGAACACAGAACCUGCCCCAUGUGCAAGAUGGACAUUCUCAAGUUCUAUGGCUAUAUUCUAAGUGACAGUGAAGAAAGUGUGCUGCAGAUAGACAUGCUGGAGGAGAACUCCAGUGUGGACGUUGAGGCCCGUCUUCCCACACCCCCUCCACCAGCCUCGAACCCCCGCACACCUCCCAUCUCUCAGGUUAUGGUUGUGCCACGAGCCGAGGUAUCUAGUGCCAGUGCACCUUGUGAAGCUUGGUCUGACUCGCCCGUCCCAGACACGCCCAUCUCGCCCGUCCAUCAGCCGCUGAGUGCGGUGUCGCCGUGUUCUGCUACUUCAUCGAGUUUAUUUUCUAAGAUUAGCUCGGCAAGAACACGAACCUCUCCUUCCUCAAGAUCGUCUCAUUCUAGUCAAGUUGCCCCAUCAUCAGCAACAUCAUCUACAUCAUCUAAUGACACGCCUCAAUUAGAUAAAGAAAUGCCUGUAGAUGAAACAGGAAAUGCAGGAGAAUGUGCUUGUGAUAAUAAUUGGAACAAAAAUGAGACAGAGCUGUCAUCCGUGUGUUCUGAUGAUUUUAAUGAUGCUGUAAGUACUCACAGUGCAUCAGGCACCAUAGAUGUUGAAACUGGAUUGGAAUGCAAAGAGCCAACCAGUGCCAGUAUGAACAGUGCCACAAAUUGCUCAUAUACAACAACUUGUGAGCAUGAAGCAGAAACCCCUAGUUCAAGUGUCACAUCAUCCGUCCCAUCAAGUGCCCCGACCAGGCCACCUUCCCCAACUGCUUCACACACUCAUAAAGGAUCAGCUUAUCACAAGAGGCCAGCAUCCCGAGCAAGGGCAUCAUCAAAGAGGAGGUCAACGUCUCGAGCAAGGUCUACAUCUAGAAAGCGAUCAGCGUCGCGUACGAGAUCUUUGUCACGAGGACGAUCAAGCACUAAAGAAUUGCCCUCCUCCAGAUCGUCAAGAGAACAGUUACGUCCUUCCAGUCAAGUUGUUAGUGUGUCUCAUGUAUGAUGCAUGAAAGCCUUGAUCUAAAAGACAUUUUGCUACUCUCAUGUUUUUUUAGUGAUAGUGCUUCCUUGUGCUCUUGGAAGACCAAACAGUCUGUGAUUUGACCUGAAGGUGCCAUCAUGUUAUGUUUCUAAGCCACAGUGUCAGGAUUUUUCAAGCUGUGAAUAUUGAAACUUCCACACCUUCCAUUUAUUGAAAAAUUAUAUCUGUAGUUAUUCAGUGUAAAACUAUAUUGUAAAGUGUGCCUAGAACCAUUUGUUUGCUAAUAACGACGGAAUUCCGCAGUAAGCUGUGACAGUAGAAAUAAUUUUAAGUUGGAAACUUAAGAUUUUGAAGACCCCAAAUUCAUAUUACAGCAAGCUAAACUAUACCUUAUAAUUAUCCUCAAAGAAGCAUAAUAGGUUAACAACCGCAUGUGUGAUUUUAACUAAAAUUUAAAUAAUUCUCUAUAUAAUGUACUUGAGCAGUUAUAUACAUAAAAGUAUAUAAUUGUUUAAUGUGUGAAUGAGUAGUUUUUGAUGCUGUAUAUGCGGAAGAAUAAUAAUUUAAAGAAAAUGCAAUAUACAUAUUCACAUAGAAAACUGCAUGUACAGCAUGCUAUUUUCAUCUGUUUGGAUUUCUUGAAUAAUAUUUGUCAGAUAUACAAUACUUUUCAGAUAUUCUGGAAAAAAAGGAUGACUGCAAUUUGCUGGAAAGCUUUUGUAUAGCUCAUUUGGAAAGGUGUAAUCACCCAAGUGAGAACUUUAUUCUCCUCUUUUAGGCCACAAUUGUAAUUUGAGAACUGUCUAAAUGGUUUGCUGAAUAUAUAUAAUUUGCUCAAGUUUCUUAAUUAUGUACAUUAUUUCAUUCAUAGCUUUUAUCUAGUUUGUGUUGUACUUGUGAAAAUACAGUGAUACCUCCCGAAUUCAGACCUCCCUAUAAUGGAUCGCUCUAAAUAUCAGAUAAAAUUCAGCCAUUGGAUCUUUUGUUUUUUUUUUUUUUUUUUUUUUUCCUCUCCCCCCCCAGUGUCAAAAUUUUCAGAAAGUUUGGAUUCCAAAGGGGACCCUCUUGUGAAAUGUGGAUCAUUAGGCAAAGUAAAUUCCUGUAGAUUAUAUUUGCUCUAAAUAUUCCAUAUAUUUUUCUAAUAUAUGGUAAUAAGCAAAUAGAGCACCUUUCUGACAACCUAGAUUUCACAUGAAUAUGUAUCUGGUCUCGAAUGAUAAACGUUCUGAUUUUGGAGGUGUGGUUGUAUAUAAACAAUACAAGACUCUCGUAUAGACUGUUGUACUUGUCACCAACAGUAAUGGCAUUAUGAACUUAACUACGUAUAAAUAUUUGAGUAAUUUUAUUCUCUGGAAUAAUUACAUCGGUGAAAAUAUUUAUUAUCUAAUAUUUUUGCUGUAGCAAAUGUACCUGAAAAUAAUGAAAUUGUAUUUUAUUUAAGAGGCCCAUUAGUUUCAAAAUAUAAGUGUAUAGUUACAAAUUUUUGUUUUGUCCAUUAACUUCAAUAGUGCAAAUUGGUCCCAUAAUUCUACUCAAGUGGGUUGUUACAAACAAGUCCAUUGUUUGAAAACUAGAGGGUUAAAAAAAUUAAAUAUGUACAGUAGUACUAAAUACUGUAACUACUGACUUUCUGUGAUUCAUUUUGGCUGCAAAUGUGAGGAAAUGUACAAGGUUAUGGAACCAAUUACCGGGUAACAUAAUACAUGUGGGAUCUCUGGAUUAUUUUAUAUGUAUGCAAGACAUGUAUAUGUAUGAGUUUGCAUGGUAUAAACAAGGCAUUGCCUUCUAUGGGGAAAUUUGCCUUCUGCAGCUUCCUUAAUUCUUAUGUUCUCAUCCCGUAACUCAAUUUUCAUUCAUCACAUGGAACUGAUUAAUGUAAAAUUGUUAAUGUCUAAUGACACACAUCAUUACACUAUGGGUAAAUUUUUGAAUAUCAAUGCAGUUUAUGUGCAGUGAAUUUUGAAUUGAGAUAAAGAAACGACAACACUACGUUUUUCUGCAUCAAUAUUGGUAUGUGCAGAAUAAAAAUAAAUUUGUUCACAUACUGUGUGAGAUUGUUUAAUGUAGGCUUGGCUUAAAAUAGACUGAAAAUAAUUGUAUUUAUAGUGGUGAUAAUUGUCAGCGCCUUCAUUUGUGUAAUUUUGUUUAGAAGUCACACAAGACCCAUAUCAUAUGUGUAACUGCCCCUGUGUGAGGUAAUGUAUCACAACAACUGCCCAUGUAUGACCACAUAGUAAUACAACAGGGUUAUCAAAGACUGCUCAGUAAUACAAGACAGUAUCGAAGACUGCUCAGUAAUACAAGACGGUAUCAAAGACUGUACAGUAAUACAAGACAGUAUCAAAGACUACAGUAAUACAAGACGGUAUCAAAGACUGCACAGUAAUUCAAGACAGUAUCAAAGACUGCACAGUAAUACAAGAUGGUAUCAAAGACUACACAGUAAUAAAAGAUGGUAUCAAAGACUGCACAGUAAUACAAGAUGGUAUCAAAGACUGCAUAGUAAUACAAGAUGGUAUCAAAGACUACACAGUAAUACAAGAUGGUAUCAAAGACUACACAGUAAUACAAGAUGGUAUCAAAGACUGCACAGUAAUACAAGAUAGUAUCAAAGACUGCACAGUAACACAACACAGUAUAAAAAGAUUGCACAGUAAUAUAACAGGGUAUCAAAGACCGCGCACUAAUCCAACGCAGUAUAAAAGACUGCACAGUAAUACAACACGGUAUCAGAGCAUCUUUGCUGCUCUGCAUUUAUGGGGCCAAAUCCCAAGUGUGUAACCUUAACUGAACAUUGCUCCUGCCUUCAUUAUCCUCUGUAUAUAAGUGUUUAAUAAAUAUUUUAGUUACAGUAUGAGACAUUG